GUUACAUUCGACUCAUAGCAUCACGAGCUGGAGAGAUGACCGUCAGUUAUUCCAAUGCUCAACCAUUCUACAAACUGAGCUGAAUGUAGGACCUGACAUUUUGUUACAUUCACAUGACUGAACAUGAUCUAAAAGUGCUCGACACCAUUGACAGUCCAGAAUAUAUCUCUGGCGAGUUAUCAGAUGACGAACUCGACAUACCAACACAUAUGAUUCCACCGAAUCCGGACGAUUCUGACAUAUUGCCUUCUCAGGUCCACCCCUCAUAUCCCUACGGGAAUCCAACAAAUAUCAAGCAUCCAGCUGCAAGACCGAGACCACCAUAUGACCCAACUUCUCGGGCGUUAUUCGAGGACAUGGGCUAUGGCGGGGGUGGUGUGAAUGGCUCUUUACGCUGGAGAGACCUUGCUUUGGACCGAUUAUUACCCGUCAAUGAUGAGAAAGAAGAGAUGAAGAGAGCGACCGAGGCAAGAAAGAUGGCCAAUGGUGCUACGACCCAACCACAGCAGCAGCAACAGCAACCGCAACCUCAGGCAGGAGUUGCUGAUCAAACUAUCGACGAAGAGGACGAGGAAGAAGAGGACAGCGCAGAGCAUGAUGAGAACGAUGUGGACGAAGACAAUGUAGAAGACGAGGAUGAUGAUAUGUAACUACGGAGACACAUUGCUCAACAUCUAAGACUCAUGGCAGCGACGAGCGCAUCACCUGUAUCACCCAAUAACAAACGUUUGGCAUCCCCUUCUUGUUCGAUCACCCACUCGUAGGCUUCCAGUAAAAGUGUAUCCGUUAAAGGAACAAAAUGGUCCGCAAAGACGCGAAUAAUGUUACUGACGCGUGAGAUUGCUGCACGAGUAGCAUUGUCGAUAUCCUAAAAAUUGGGUGAGCGUCUACUA